UGAUUGCACCAUAUUCAAUUCAGUGGACAUUCGUUGGCUAUACAUCAAGCAUUUCUACCCCGGUACAGUAUUAUAUCUUUCAUAUUGGACAUUAGUCUACCUUGUAAAUGCAUCUCCCCCGCUCGCGUAUCUGUCUACCCUUGUCCUCUUUAAAGACCGUUCGACAUCCUCCUCUCUCUUCUUCUCUUUUUACUCUUUCUUCAUAUUCGUCUCGUCAAAGUACCUGUCGCUGUGGCUGCCGCAAUUCCAGCAUCUGCUCGUGCUCGUGUUGCGUCCAUCCAUCGUCAUCACCAAAACAAUCUCGGUCUUAUACUUCCUCUCCAUACCUCUCUUCCUGUUGUUCCUCCUCAGCUAGGCCAUUCUCAACCGCCAAAAUGCCCCAAGAAUACCUCCUCAAAGACCUUUCCUCCCUCUCCUCCAUCCCCAACAUGGAAAAAGUCGAAGCCGAAAUCGACGGCAUCCAAGACGGCAAAGUGCUCGUCGUCCGUGUAAAUGACAAAUACCACGCCAUGAGCCCCCGCUGCACGCACUACGGUGCUCCUUUAAAGCUUGGUGUGGUGUCUCCGGAUGGACGGAUUACUUGUCCGUGGCACGGAGCGUGUUUUAAUGUAAGCAGUGGGGAUGUGGAGGACGCGCCGGCGCCGAAUGCGUUGGAGAAGUUUGAGGUCUUUGAGAGGGAUGGCGGGGUUUGGAUUAAAGCAGAUGAGGAGAAGGUUAAGGCUGGGCAGAGGAAUCCGGUUGUUAGGGGGGUUGCGGAGGGGGAGGGGGGUGUUGUUGUUGUUGGCGGUGGGAGCGGUACCCUUGGCCUUGUCCAGGCUAUUCGGGAAUUGAAGUAUAAAGGACCCGUCACCGUCAUCUCCAGGGAACCGAACCUUAUUAUCGAUCGCACCAAGCUGUCCAAGGCCCUAAUUCCCGACCCCGAGAAACUCCUCUGGCGACCUCGCGAGUGGUACGAGAAUGCAGCCAUCAACACUGUCUCAGACGAAGUGACCUCCGUCGACUUCAACCAAAAGGUCGUUAAAACCCAAUCUGGCAAAACCUACCCAUACACCAAACUCGUCCUCGCAACCGGCGGUGUUCCCCGUGCCCUCCCCCUCCCCGGCUUCAAAGACCUAGCCAAUAUCUUCCUCCUCCGUUUCGUAACAGACGUGCAGGCCAUCCUUGCCGCCGUUGGAGAGCAAAAGAACAAGAAAAUCGUCGUCAUCGGCAGCUCCUUCAUCGGCAUGGAAGUCGGCAACGCCCUUGCCAAGGAAAACUCCGUCACAAUCGUCGGCAUGGACAAAGUCCCCAUGCAAUCCAUCAUGGGCGAACAAGUCGGUCGCAUCUUCCAAUCCAACCUCGAAAAAGCAGGCGUCACUUUCAAACUCUCCGCCUCCGUCGACAAAGCGACUCCCUCCCCCUCGGACCCUAGCAAGGUCGGCGCCGUGCACCUAAAAGACGGCACCGAGCUCCCAGCCGACCUAGUCGUCCUGGGCGUCGGCGUCCGCCCAGCAACAGAUUUCCUGCAGAAUAACCCCGCCAUAACCCUCGAAAAAGACGGCUCCAUAAAAACAACCGAGCACUUCGCCGUGCCCGGCUCGAACGAGGACGUCUUCGCCAUUGGUGACAUAGCCACAUACCCCUACCAUGGGCCCGGCACAGACCCAGGCACGGGAACCCACACGCGCAUCGAACACUGGAACGUCGCGCAGAAUGCCGGCCGCGGUGUCGCCCGCUGCAUCACCCACGCCCCCUCCCCGCUCAAAACCCUUAAACCCAAAACCUUCAUCCCCAUAUUCUGGUCCGCGCUGGGCGCGCAGCUACGGUACUGCGGGAAUACGCCUAAGGGGUGGGAUGGGGUGGUGUUGAAGGGGGAGCCGGAGAAUGCGAAGUUUGCGGCGUAUUAUUGUCUGGGGGAGACGGUUGUUGCGGUUGCUAGUAUGGCGAUGGAUCCGGUUAUGGCGAAGAGUGCGGAGUUGAUGAGGAGGGGGGGGAUGCCGAGUAAGGGGGAGAUUGAGGGGGGUGUGGAUGUUUUGAGGGUUGGGGUGCCGGAGAGUGUUAAGAUUUAGCUUCUUUCUCUUUCCCUUUGGUAAUGGAUAGUUCGUGAGUACUUCGUAAUAAUGAAUAUAUGCAAUGUGUUAUGGUCUGAUGUUUUGAUUGC